UGUUGCGUUGCUCGGUGUUCGUCGAACGGUUGUAUUAUUUAACGCUCUGUGCCACCGCGAACGAAAGCAGAAGAAAAAAAUCUCUGAAAAAAAGAAUUAUUCAAAAAUUAAUGAGGAAAUUAUUUUCACCAGUGAAAAUGUGGGGUUACACAAAAAUAUGCCCAUAUUCCAGUGUUGAAAAGCAACAAUUCUGAAAUCAAACGAAAAAUAUCAAUGAAAAUAUUCUUGAAAAUAACGAAAAGUGCAUUUCUAGUGAAAAAAGAAUAGAAAAAGAAAAUCUAGUAUAAGAUAAAAAUUUAUACAUAUAUAUAUUUUUAUACAUAUAGAGAAAAAAUAGAUUGACGAAUCUUUUUUAUGGGCAAUCAACAAGGAAAACUACAGCACCAAACGCAGAGUGGCCGUCCCAAAAAAGCUGUCCAUUGGAAAUCUGCAGAACGCCCCUCGCCGCCAGGACGUCCUAUCUUGAUUCCCAUUUCCGAUCAGCAACCCGAUGUCGUUUGCCUACGAUGGGAACGUCCAAGACUCGAUGGAGGUUCUCCCAUUACCGGCUACAUUGUCGAACAUCGACGAAUGGGUUCGCCGCACUGGGUGAAGAGUACUCCCGUGCCCGUUUCGAAUUGUGACGUGGCCAUUAGUGGCAUGGAGCCGGGUUGGCGUUAUCAGUUUCGUGUCUUUGCCGAAAAUGUUGUUGGUCGUUCGGAUCCCAGUGAACUGUCCGACAUCUUAACCGUAACGCUGCAACGCAAUGCCAUUAGCGUGCCACGCUUUGUUGACGAACUACAGGAUAUGCAUGCUGUCGAAGAUGAACGUGUCGAAUUUCGGGUAAAAUUCAUAGGUCAACCACCUCCCGAAAUAAGUUGGUUUAAGGAUGGCUACGAGAUAUUCAGUAGCCGGCGAACGAAAAUAGUAAACGACAACGACGCAAGUGUCUUGAUCAUACACCAGGUGGCGCUGACCGACGAGGGUGAAAUCAAGUGCACAGCGACAAAUCGAGCCGGUCACGUGGCAACGCGGGCAAAGCUUUUCGUACAAGCUCCGCCCAAGAUUCGUUUGCCUCGAACCUAUGAAGAUGGCCUCAUUGUAGAGGCGGAGGAAGUGCUACGCCUUAAGGUGGGCAUUGCGGGACAACCCUUGCCCCAAAUAACCUGGAUGCAUGAGGGCGAAAUGGUUCAGAAUGGCGGACGAUUUGAAAUAACGAACACCGACAAGAACUCCAUGCUUAAAAUUGAGAAUGUCCAUCGCGACGAUAGAGGCGAAUACAGUGUGAAGGCAUCCAAUCGAUUGGGCGAAGAUGUUGCCUCCUUUUUGGUCACAGUUACGGCUAGGCCCAAUCCACCGGGCAAGGUGCGCUUGAACAUGUCAUUUGGCAAAUCGGCCACGUUGUCUUGGACAGCUCCCGUGGAUGAUGGUGGCUGUAAGAUCGGAAAUUACAUUGUGGAGUACUUUCGCAUUGGCUGGAAUGUUUGGUUGAAGGCAGUUACGACACGCUCUCUUAGCACCACGCUGCACGAUUUGAUUGAGGGUUCGGAAUAUAAGUUCCGUGUCAAGGCUGAAAAUCCCUAUGGUGUGAGUGAACCCAGUGAAGAAUCGGAAAUACUCUUUCUACCAGAUCCCAAGAGAGGUAUAACAAAGCCCACAUCCCAAAUUCAAAUAAAUGAAGACAAGCCGGUGCCACCGCGAAGAAAAACCUUGUCGCCCCAAAGGCCAACUGCAGAUGCUGCCACCGAGACACUAGGUCAUUUCUCACCCAAGACAGGUCGCAAGCUGAAGCCACAAGUAUUCGAUAGUGAAGAUUUGCAUCGUGAAAUGUCCUAUGGCACUUCGGUGAGAAAGAGUCCUUCUCCAUUUACAGCCAAAGAUAGCGUCAACAACAACAAACCCACCACUGGGAAUGCUCCCAACAAUUUGACGUUGAAUAUUGAAGCUGCAAUCGAAAGAGAAAGUCGAUCGCCAGAACGUUCACCAAAGACCCAGAAGAAAUCGAUAUUCCUGCCAGGAAUUUUGAAAGCCAAGGAAACGCCUACAAGCGCCACCACACCGGCACCCAAAACUGCCCCCGUUGCGGAAAAUUCCAAAAUCAUGGAUUUCAUGAAACCUCGUAAUCGCAGUCUUAGUCCUCCUCCGGACAGUGCUAAAACAUCGAAGAAUGGUAACACGGCAGCCACAACAACGGCAUUGCAACGCAGCUCUGAACCGGUCAAAUUGGGUUCAAGUCAAAAUGCCACUCGUUUUACAGGUCUCCAAGCUCUAUCUCCAGCAGCUCGUAAUGCUCCCGCUUUGGCCAUAGCCAUAGCAACCAGUUCUCUGAGCAAAGAGAACGAUGUGAAGGCAGUGGGGAACGGUGUACCAAAGAGUGCCGCUAACAAUGGCACAAAUGGCCGUGCAGCAUUACCCAACCCCACCAUAGAAAUUAGUGCUCCACCCAAGCUAAUCGUGACAACUGCAGCUCCCUCUCCUCCAACAACACCGAAAACUGUCACCGUGACAAGUGCCAGCAUGGCGACGGCCACUCCCACAGAAAACUCCCAAACUAUGGCAUCCCAAAAUCCAACUCGCAAACUGUCGAAUGCCGACAAGCAUGACGAGGUUCACACGAGCAACGAGUUCAUGCUUGUCGUAUUCGACAAAAACAGCAAGGUCAAGGAUAAAGACAAGCAAGAUUCCUUCGAAUUGGAUCUAGAGGAUGCCAUACAACCUCCCCCCAUAUCCAUAUCGGCUCCCGACUUAGCUUUGCUGGAAUAUACGUCAACCCUGCAUACGUUCCCCAUUCGGCGUUCGGUAAGCUCCACGGAACUGCUGUACGAGCGAGCCAUGGCCCGCUUCUACGAGGCUGUGGAGCUGGAGGAAGCAGAAAAGGCCCGCAAGCUGAAGAUUUCUCAGGACAAAAUAGCUGCACCAACAAAUGUGCGCAAACGUUUGGGUUCCAUGACCGAAGCAGAGCGUUUAUCCUUCGAAAAGCGUAGCGAAAUGAGAAGGCAAUCAGCCGACAUUGCCCACGACAUAAAGUCAUCGGCUCUGCACAAAUGGAACUCCAAGGAAAACAUAAGCGACAUGAAACCACUGUCGCGCACAAUGCCCCAGAUGUACCAGAAACGCCAGGAAAGCCAAGAAAGUGGAGAGGUCAGCGAAGACUAUCAGACGCGUAGUGAACUAAAUAGGGAUGAUAGCUACGACUUGGGUUCCGACUACACCGAGAGUACAGCUUCAUCGGAUGUGGAUUCGAUCGAAAAAUUCAAAAUGGAGUUAAUGGCCCGCACCCACUCACCCAGUCCAAGGGAGUUGGAAACCUAUCAUCCUCGCAAUAUGUCGGCGGGAGUUUUCACCCCAUAUCGUGCACCGACUCCCGAUGAAGCUGCUUUGGUUCUAACCAGACCAGUUCCCUUGCCCAGUCCUGAUUUUGUACCCAAACCAAUUCUCAAGAGGCCGUCCUACGAAAAUGUUUUGCAGGCCAACACCACAAACACCGUUGUGGAACCAGCGACCUCUACAGCCUCAAAUGUUAAGCCCGAGACUGCUCCGAGCGAUAAAUUGGAUAUUGCCAAGGGCAUUAAAUCGUUCUUCAAGAGAGACAAGCGUUCCGCCACUGAAAGAAACACCGAAGAAAAUGAAAUGAUUUCGAAUCCGCAGGAGAAGACCAACGCUUCACUGCUCAGAGCCGAGGCAGAAGCCAAACGCAAAGCCAAAGAGGAGGAAGAAGAACGCAAACGCAAAGAAGCCGAAAGACUAAUGAUGGAGGAGGCCCAUGCCGCCGUAGAUCACUACAGUGAGUUGGUGCAACAGGUGAGCACGACCAGGAAGUAUCACACACCGCUGUACAUGGAUCAAGACGAACUUAAAAAGAUUAGCGACAAGGCCAAGCUGGACGGCACUGCAGAUGAGGAUGGAAACGAUGCACUGCAGCAGAGAAGAUCACACAGCCCUGAUAUGGCUCUCAUACCGCCGGUCAGUAACAAGCCAAGGCUUUCGAUAUCCGAAAGAGGUCAGCUAAUGCACGUUAGGGACACCGCAAGCGAUAUGUCAGUGAAGCAUGACACGUUCAAGCCGGAGCCAGAACCCGAAACGCCAAGCGAACACAAUGCACCUCUCACGUUUUCACCUUCCAACAGCCUGCCAGCAACACCAAGUGAGCCAUUGCUGCCAGUGUCUGUGCCACAGUCAUCACCUGCUGUGCCAACGCCACCCAUGGAAGAUGAAGAGGUGAUCACCACCACCGUUAUCAGUGAGACUGUGGAAGAACGCCCAGAUUCUCGGGGUCGACCCCGCCUGGUGAAAGUAAAACGCAUUAUCAAGAAGCGAAUGCCUUCGGGAACACGUUCUCGUGACACUUCACUCAGUCGACCACCGUCCAGCGCAUCACACGAUUUCCCCCAGGCCAGAACUCUUUCGAGAACACGUAGGUCUGCUACUGCCGAAUCCAGAUCACCUGGCCCAUUUGGACGCAGUCCCCUAACCUUGAGUGCACUAAACAACCACUUUGAGAAUCAAAACUCAAAGGCAUUGCAACUGCCAUCGACCUCAUCGUCACACGAAUCAUUGGAGGUAGUGCCAAGGCCAUCCACCCCACUGUCCGACGAAGAGGCCCACGAAAAAGUACGCUCAGCCAUAUCCUAUUCCACCGACAUGGUACUCUUUUUGGUGGCAUGCUACAUUUAUUUGUUCAAAGAUGCAAGACUGGUCCUACCCAUAUUGGCGCUGAUGAUCUAUCGCCAGUUGGGCGAGGCCAUCAGCAAAUGCAUACCCAGUUGGCUGAAGCGCAAAAAGGAAUAAGUGCAAUGUAGUUCAAGCAGCUAGGGAAUAUCAUCAGCCAUCUAUUUUUCGUCUAAUUUGUAAGCUAUUCAUACAUAUUUAUAUAAAGUUUGUAUAAUUGCUAAUUAUUUAAUGAAUUAUUAAUUUUUUAAUUCCAAACGAAUUGGAUUCAUUUUUUUGAUUGCUCUUCUCUCUCUUUUUAGUAUUUACCAUCAACCCCACCACUUUCAUCCCUUAAGUAUUUGUUUCUGUGCAUGUCUUGUUAGAGUAAAAGAAAUUUUGAAAAAAAAAAUUGAAAAAAAAUUUCAAAUUCAAUUUUUUUGUAUACGUUACAAGAAAAAAAAACAACAAUAAUAAUUGUAUUUAUUUAAUAAUUUCUAAAUAUAUUUAAAUAAAAAUUAUUAAAAAUAAAAUUUUCUUUGCGACAAUUUUUUUUUUAGCAAAAA